AUGACAACAACAGAGCCGCCUACAAAGGACAAUAAAUCGUCUGACCGUCGGAGCGAACACGGUGACACGGGGACACGGUGUUCUCGUGUCAACAACAAAACAGAAGUCAUUCGUGUCGCCACGAGUCGCGUCGCAGAAGCCAAGGAAGCAAACGAAUACCAAACCCUUACUAAGAAUACGAAUAUACAGUGGUGGACAACUGAACCAACCACGGUGGCUGUCCUGAUUAGCGAUCCCUCUAAUCGCGCUGAUGCUGUGACUAUCCCUAAGACGCCAUGGAUUAGUGCUUGUAGCGCGAAUGGUUACCCAACUAUUACUUCAGCACCGCACAGUGUUGCCAAAGGUUCCAAGAAUCUGUUGGUUAUUGCUGCUGCCACCGAAGUAGAUUUCAAGGAAGCUGCUACCAUCAAGGAGUUCAUCAAGAAUCCAAGCAAGUUUGUUGCUGCUGUUACCUCUGCUCCAGCUGCUUGUGCUGGCGAUGCUCCCGUAAAGAAUGAAGAAACCGAAAAGCAGGAGUCGGAGUCGAAGUCCGAGGAAGACGACGAUAUGGAUUUCGGUCUCUUCGGCUAA